AGGAUGGGGGGCAGGGGGACGCAGCGUGCCUGCUUUCCACUCUCCUGCCGGAAGAGCGCCCGCGCUGACGCCCCGCGGGGCCCCUCUUGGAGGCGGCGCAGGCGCAUCUGUCUCCUAAUCGUCCCCUCGCCCCUGGGGACGCUUACGAAGCAGAUGUGGAGCCCGAGGUGGAGGCUGCCGGUAGCCCCAGGGUACGCGGGGAUGCCCGCCAGGGUGGCUGCUUCACCUGCACAGAGACCCGCUCCCUUGGAGCUGCUGCCGGUGCUGGGGGGUCCUCACCGGUGCCCACUGCCCCGGGAAUGUCAGCUGAGGCCCCGCCAUGCCGAGGGCUCGCUGGGGCCCCAAGAAGGGAAGAACAGCCGGGGGAGGCUGGUUGUGUAGAUAGGGCAGGGCUGAGGCGAAGCGUGGCAGGGAUGCCGUGUGGGUGCGAUGGAUGGGGGAGCAAUGCCGUGUUGGCCCCCGCGGGUGGAGGGUGUUGGCUGCUGCCAGCGCUGCCCGCCCUGCCCGAGCUCCGGCACAUCCCUGCCAGCCCCGAUUGCAGCGCGGUUGCAUCAGCCACGGGGCCGCUUGUGCUUCCCCAGCCGGGAGGGAGGAGGGGAGGGUCCAUGCGGUCACCCAGGCUGGGCUGGCUGUGGGGACCCUCCCUGGGCACCCUUCUGCUCGGGACAGAAGGGGGCUGCCGAGGUCCUGCGCUGCUGGGGAGGGUCCGGGCAGUGCCCCUGGCCUCUCCAGCUGCAGAGCCGGGGUCACUGGGUGCGCAGCGUGGGGAGAGGCAGCGUGUACCUGUGUGACAUGUCUGUGUACCUCCCGCCACCAUCCCGAGGGGCCACGGCUGUGGUGCCCCCCUGCAUUGCACCCAGCUCCCUGCCUGGGGCCACUUGUAGUUAUUUGCUCAUCCAAGUGCUGAAUAUACAUAUUUCUCUCUUUUUUUUUUUUCUUCUUUCCUUUUUUUCCUUCCACUUUUGGCUCUGACCAACUCCGGACAGCCUGCAAUGUAAAACCAAGUGCAUUUUAAAAAUACUGAAAUGAGCUACAUUGGAGAUGCACCAAUUGGAUUAAGAGAUUGUGGGUUGGGAGACUGCAGCGUGGCCCGUGUGCGGUCUGUGCCACAUGUCCCUUGGUCACCAUCAGAAAAAGCCUUAUCUGGGGAGGGAGGGGAGCAGCAGUCACAGCCCCCACGGCAAUGCAGAGCUCCUGGGGCUGGGGGGCUGCAUCCCAGCCCCACGCAGAGCAGCGUUGGUGCCUCUGUGCAGCCCCAGGAGAGAACAGCAAUUUCUGAGGUGGCUGCCUGACCUAUUUUCGAGCUGCCUGCCAGGGGCCAGGCAGGGAAUCACCCAGAUGGAGCUGCCUGCAGGUGCCCACACUUCCCGGGGCUCUGUGCAUUGCUCAGGGGCUGUGUACCUUGCUCUGGGGCUCUGUACACUGCUGUGGGGUCUGUACACUGUUCCAGGACCUCUGCAUUGCUCUGAGUCCCACAUACAGUGCUCCAGGGGCUCUGUGCGUUGCUCUGGGGCUGUGUACACUGCUCCAGGGGCUCUGCGCAUUGCUGUCAUCUUGCAGCUUCGGUUAAAAAAUGCUCCUGCUGCCGAAGCUGCUGCCCCCUCCCGUCCAGCCGCACGCUGCCCGCAGCAGGCUGCAUCACUGCCACGUCGCAGCCUCCGUCAGCAUCUCCGCGACGGCCACUCACUGCCUGUGUCUCCGGACACACCAGCAUCAGCCAGGGCCCAGCAGGCCCAGCACCGAUGGCCUUUUGCUCCUGCGGCGCCUGUCCGGCCCCACGGGGACCCUCGUCACCCGGGUGUGGGACGCGCGGGGCAGGCGCUGCCCACCCUCACCAGCAGCUGGGGCCUGGCAGCAUCCUGCCUGCCACGGAGAAGUCGGGUCCCUGCACCCCAGCAGGCGCAGUGCUGCCACGGGCAAUCUCCUGCUGUACAUAGAUCCUUUUGGGGUGGUUUUUAGCAUUUUCAUUGAUAAUGGGGGUUUCGGUUUUGUUUGGUUUUUUUUUUUAAAAGACUCUCUACUUUUGGAAUGUGGUUUCUCAUUUUUACAACUGCCUUUUAAUUAUUUGUAAUAUUGGUCAUUUCUGUCUUACUCUGUAAAUAGUGGUGCUGGGCAUUUCCUGCGGGGCUGGGGCUGAGCCAAGGCCAGCAAGGGAUUUGCAAAGGCAACAGGGAAAACCUGCCUGAGGUGUGGAGGUGGCUGAUCCAGCCCCAGCCCCUGCACAGCCUCUGUCCCUGUCCUCCCCCCACGCCAGUGCCUGGUCCGGGGCGAAGCCACACUUGCCCCUGCCCUGUCCUGCUUCCUCUCACCAGCCCAUGCCAAGGUCGCAUGAAGGGCACCUUCUGCCCCGAUGACAGGUCCCCUGCCCACCCCAUCCUGCUCCCCUGUACCGUACCUGCUUGUUGUGUGAUGAAUAAAGGCCCUGCAACCCCUCACCCACGCCCUCGGUGCUGCCUUCCCGUGCUGCGGUGGGGGGACCGUGAUGCCUGUCCUGUCUGGGGAACCAGUGCUGCUGCGGAGGGGAGUGUGGGGUGGCUGGGGCACCCAUGGGUGGGGAGAUGUAUCUAGAUCCUGACCCUCUGUCCCUGCUGUCCUGCCAGCUGCCCAGUGUAGACAUAGUGUCCCACCCUGUCCUCACCCACCUGUCUCCCCCCAACACAAUCCCCAUGUGCUGACCCUGACUGUGCCAUUCCACUGGGCUCCAUGUCAUCUCGCAUGGGUCCUCCAUGGCCUUGCUGUCAGGGCUGUCACCUCACACCAGGCUCCUCUCGGCUCUGCCUUGUCCCUGUGAUGCUGGUGUUUCUCAUGCCUCCCCAUCCCAUCCCCUCCUGCUCAGCAGCUCACCCCAGCCUGCACACGGACCCCACAUCCCCUUUCCCGUCACUGCUCGCGGCUUCUUGCCCUUGUGCCCCUUAUGACCUGCAGGUCCCAGCCUCCUCCAGACUCACUACAUUAAACUGACCUUCCCUGAGGUCCUCCAUCACCCAGUAUGACCCACCUCUCCUUGUUUUGCUCCUGCUGUCAUCAUGUCCCAUCCCUUUCAUCCUUGCUCUUUGAACCCGUGUCCCAUCCUUCCUUCUUGUUAUCCUUCAUCCUCAAUCACAUUCCUUUCUUCCUUCAUGUGUUUUCAUUGCCCACCAUGUCCCAUCCCUCUAUUCUGCUCUUUCAUCACCCACCUAACCCAACCCAGCCCUCCUUCCUGUGCUCCUCCAUCACCCACCGACCUCAUUCCUCCUUCCCAUGCUCCAUCACCCACCAUAUCCCAUCCCUUUUCCUGUGUACCUCCAUCUUUCAUGUCCCACCCCUUCUGCUGCUGCUCCUCUGUUGUCCACCCAUCCCAUCCCUCCGUCCCAUGCUCCUGUCACCCAGUGUGUCCCAUACUUCCCUCCCAUCCUCCUCCAUCACCCACCAGGUCCCAUCUUUCCUAUCUGUGCUCCUCCAUCAGCCACCAUGUCCUAUCCCUUCUUGUGCUCCACUGUCACCACCUCCCAUCCCUCCUUGUUCUCCUCCACUCCCUUCACAUCCCACCCCUCCUUCCACACUCCUUCUAGAGUGUGCUGUCAUUCACUGUGUCCCAUCACUCCCUGCCAUGCCUUGCUCCUCCAUUACCCACCAUGUCCUCUCCUGCCCUCUUGUGCUCCUGCAUCCCUACAUUACAUCCUAUCCCUCCGUAUUUUUCUCCUUCAUCACCCACCACCUCUCACUCCUCCUUCCUGUGCUCCUCCAUUGCCCUUCAUAUCCCACCUUCCUUUCUUCCUGUCACACUGGCAUUCCAUCCCUCUCACCUGCUCCUCCUUCAUCCACCACAUCCCACUCCUCCUUACCCUCAUCCACCUCCCACCAUCUACUCAUGUCUUCCUUUACCUCCACCCUGUCCCAUCCAUCCUCAUCCUGCUUUGCCUCCAGUUUCUCUUUUCCUUUCAUAUUCCUUCUUAUGUCAACAUCUCAACAUGCCUUCUCAUCCUCUUAUCAGCUCCCACCAUCACUGGCCUCUAUAUCUUACCAUCUUUUUAUCCCUGAUUAUCCUCCGUUAGCUCCCACCAUCACCCCAAACCAUUUCAACCUCCACUUCUCAUCUCCCCAUCUUUCUUCACCCUCUUCUACCUCCUCCUAUCUCCUCAUCCUCUUCAUCCUCUUCCACUUCCCUAUCCCCAAACCCACCCUCACCUCCCACUAUUGCCCUGUCCCCCCAGCUGUCAACAUCACCCAAUCCUGCCUUCUCCUCCUCCACCCCCACAUUUCCAGUCCCCCUUGUGCCUCUCCAUUUCCCAUCUCCUUAUCCAUCCUCUUCCACUGCUCUCCAAUCUUUGUCUUCCUCUGCCCCCUAAAUGUCUCUUCACCUCUCCUGUCAUCCUCCUCCACCUCCCACUGUCUCCUCAUCCCUCCUCUUCUUCAUCUCCAUCUCCCUCUCCCACCUUGUUCUCCACCACCUGCCAUCUCAUCUCUCCUUGUCCUCCUCCCUUUUGCCCUUCUUCAUUCUCCAACUCCCACUGUCUCCCAUCCUUCCCCAUGCCCUAACACUGCCUAUUUGCCUGUUCUUCCUCAUCCUCCACUUUCUACCAUCUUCCCAGUCUUCCUCCAACCUCUCUUUUCAUCAUCUUCCCCUUUCCACUAUUGCCCAUACCUCAUUGCCUUCCUCUUUCCACCAUCUCCCAUACCUUCUCCCUCAUCCUCCAUCUCAUACCUCUUCCUCCACCUCAGUCUCUCUAUCGUUCCUGUGAACCUCCACCUCCCAUUGUUCCCCAUCCUUUUUCAUGCUCUUUCACCUCUUGCUCUAUCUAUCCUCAUACUUGACCUCUGGCUAUCUCACCAUCCCUUGUCAUUCACCUCCCACAGUCUCCUUGUUUCUCCUCGUACUCCUCCACCUCUCCCCAUCUCCCCAUCUGUCCUUAUCCUCCAAGUGUCCCACCUACCUCAGAUUUCCCCUCUACCCCUUCCUGACCUCCAGCCAUCCUCCCUUACCUCACAUCUCCCCCUUUCACUGUCCAUUCUCUUUCACCUUCCAACUCUAUCCUGAGCUCACAUCUCCCAGCCUGACCUCUCCCAUUCGUCCUCUCCUCCAUCAUCCCUGCAAUCUUUUACUCCCAGCACAUCUGACUUCUGCUGUUAUUUUCUCCUUUGCUUCCUCCUUCCCCUGCCUUGCAUUGCAUCCCUUACCAGCCCAGGAAAGUCGCCACUAGCACAGCCACCCCUCAUGCAAGCAGGAAGGGCCCUGACUGUUUGGGAUGGGAUGUGGGGGUAAGUUAGAUGGAGAACCAGCCCUCCACCCCAUCGCCACUACUCAGGGCACUUUAGUAGUGCCACAGUGCCAUAGUAAUGGCCACAGCUUGCAGGCAGAGAGAUUCAUGCUGGACAUCAGGAAACACUUCUCCCUUGAGCAGGUGCAGCUGGGACCGGUCACGGGGGAAGUGGUUGGAUCUCUGCCUUUGGAAGGUUUCAAAACUCAGCUAGAUAAAGUCACCAAUGUCCUAAUUUAGCAUUAGCAAUAAUUAUUUUGGAACAUGGUGCUUGGCCAGAGGCCUCUGGGAUCCCUUCAAGCACACACAUCUUUGGGAGAACUCAGAGCAGUGGAAGAUUUCCAAGAGGGGCAAAAAAGGCCAGACAUGGCUUUGAAUGCUAUGCUUGGGAUGCUGCAGGACAUGAGGAACUAUCCCUGCCACUUACAGCUGCUUCAUGGUGCUCAAGCAAGACCACCCCAUGCUGCUCAAGCAGGACCAUCCCAUGCUGCCAGAGCAGGACCAGCCCACACUGCUCAAGCAGGCCACCCUGUGCAUCUUGUUGAGCAGGA